GGGGGCAGUAACUGUCCGCUUCCCAUCCGCCCCGGAAUCUUUAGCCCAAAAGUCCCAGGGUCCCCGGACAGGUUCGUGACGGUCACUUCGGGCCUCCGCGCGCUCCCCCUUGCGGCAAACCACGUCUUCCGGCUCCGGAGCCAGGGAGGAGGGAGCCUGGAGGCGAGGAGGCCUGUGCCGUCCUCCGCGGGUGCGGAGACCCGGGCCGCCGGGCCUCGGAUCCCAUUCCMCAGCUCUCAAGAUUUUACAGAAUGCUGUAAGUAAUUGUCAAAGUUGUUUUUCAAGAAACAGAAAGGGUUGCAACUUCUUCCUACUAAUAGAAACUUUCACAGUUGCAUUCAAUGCCUAACGUUGCGGAAACCGAAAGGUCCAAUGAUUCUGGAAAUGGUGGACACAAAUCUGAGAGGAAGUCUCCAGAAGAAAAUCUACAAGGUGCUGUCAGAUCUUUCUGCACAAGUGCCUCGGGAGCACCCUUGGGUCCCAGAGGAGAUGGGCAUUAUCCAUGGAGUUGUCCUGUGACUCAUACUCGGGAGAAAAUUUAUGCCAUCUGUUCAGACUAUGCCUUUCUCAACCAGGCAACCUCAAUCUAUAAAACCCCCAAUCCAGCCCGCUCUUCUUGCCUCCCUGAUAGUACCUCGUUAUCUUCUGGAAAUAAUUCAUCAAGGUACAUCGGUAUCCCGACUAGUACAUCAGAGAUAAUCUAUAAUGAAGACAAUAGUUUGGAAAACUUAUCCAACAGUCUGGGCAAGCUACCUCUCGCAUGGGAAAUCGAUAAAUCAGAAUUUGACGGGGUGACUACAAAUUUGAAACACAAAUCAGCGUGCAAUGCAAAGAAACAAGUUUCCAAGAAAAAAACUUCUGAGAAAAAAGGAAGACAUCAGAGGGAAUGUCCUCAGCAUUCUCCUCUUGAGGACAUUAAACAGCGGAAAGUAUUAGACCUCAGACGAUGGUACUGCAUAAGCCGACCACAAUAUAAGACUUCAUGUGGCAUCUCCUCAUUAAUUUCUUGUUGGAAUUUCUUAUAUAGCACAAUGGGAGCUGGAAGUCUUCCACCUAUUACCCAAGAAGAGGCUUUACAUAUUUUGGGCUUUCAACCCCCAUUUGAAGAUAUCAGGUUUGGCCCUUUCACCGGAAACACAACACUCAUGAGAUGGUUUAGACAAAUUAAUGACCACUUCCAUGUAAAAGGAUGCUCCUAUGUUCUAUAUAAGCCUCAUGGGAAGAACAAAACAGCUGGAGAAACGGCUUCAGGAGCCUUGUUGAAGUUAACGCGUGGAUUGAAAGAUGAGUCACUGGCUUAUAUCUAUCAUUGCCAAAAUCAUUAUUUUUGUCCAAUUGGCUUUGAAGCAACUCCCAUUAAAGCGAAUAAGGCCUUCAGCAGGGGUCCUCUCUCACCACAGGAAGUAGAAUAUUGGAUCUUAAUUGGAGAAUCAAGUAGAAAACAUCCUGCCAUCCACUGUAAAAAAUGGGCGGAUAUUGUUACCGAUCUAAACACUCAAAAUCCAGAAUACCUAGAUAUUCGGCAUUUAGAGAGAGGGCUGCAGUUUCGAAAAACAAAGAAGGUUGGGGGGAAUUUGCACUGCCUCAUAGCAUUCCAGAGACUUCAUUGGCAAAGAUUUGGGCUUUGGAACUUUCCAUUUGGAACCAUCAGACAAGACUCACAACCUCCAGCACAUGCCCAGGGCAUUGCCAAAUCUGAGAGUGAAGACAAUAUCUCCAAGAAGCAGCAUGGGCGUCUGGGCCGGUCCUUCAGUGCUAGUUUCCAUCAGGACUCAUCAUGGAAAAAGAUGUCCAGCAUCCAUGAGAGAAGGAACAGUGGCUACCAGGGCUACAGCGACUAYGAUGGGGAUGAGUGACCCUGCUGGGCUCUCCGCAUGGUGUCAUCCACACAGCUUACCUACAGGACUGCAAUAAGAUAGUGGAAGAUUGCAACGUCGACAUUAAUAGAACAGAUCUUGUGGUACAAAGCAUAACCUUGUAGUUCUUAGUAAAUAAGCUUAUAUAUGAUUAUCAUGGGUGGUUUCAGAUGUAUAAGCAGAUAAGCACAGAUUACUGCCCUUUUAAAAUUAAGAGUAUGUAAACAAUCUGGACAAAAAGUUUCAUAAAAUCCCCAAAUUUACAACUAUUUCUAAACAGAAACACAAAUUCACUUAACAGCAUCAAGAUUUGAAAUACUUAAGCAUGAAGUGAUUUAUGACUCGAUCCCUAGAUAAUUUGUUACAGAUAGUUUUAUUCCUAAGAUGAAGAUGUAAAGCAUUUGU